AUGAUUUAUGAAAAUUCGGCUGCCUUCUUGACUCAGCAUUCCCUCCUCAUUACCACUGCUUUGGAGUCAAUUUGCGCGCCCAUUGUGUUGUACUUGACCCUCUACCACUCGAUGCAGAUGAAACGGUACCGAUAUUUGAUUAUGAACCAUGUUGUGUGGAACUUGCUGAUGAAUUGGGCGCUGUGCGUCUACAAGCCGACAAUGUUGUUUCCGGCGCCUUGUGUGACGUUUGCACCAGCGAUUCAUAACACUUGGUUCACUGGGAUCAGCUCAAUGUUUCUUGUUUUUCUAGUCGCCAAUGUGGAAAUGUCGGUGGUUUGGAGUGUGCUUUAUCGAUUCUUUAUGGUAAGGGUUGCUAAUAAGAGAAGAAAAAUUUAUGUCAUUGUGGUUUUUGGCAUAGAAAUUUUGCGGCAAAUUUGAAAAGUAAGCAAUGAUACUCACUUUAAACGCGAUACUACUCUCUUGAAAAUGACAAUCAAGAAUUAAUUUACAGUCCUACCCUGGCCGUGUCAGCGACUUUGUAGAGCGCCGCAGAGGCUCCAUUAUUGUGUUCAUCGUUGGCCAACUACUGGUCUGCCUUUUUGUCCUUUCGCCUUUUGCCAUCUUUCAAAGGCCUAGUAUGUUCACACUAGUAUUAAGAGGGCUCUACAUAAGAGGGGUUCCGGGUAAAUUCAAUUUUUUUCGGCCAUGGUGCUCAGCCACGCAUCUCGGCCAUACCAACUUUUAUGUCUCGCAACUUGCAGAGCUCAAAACAAGAUAAGACGUGUUCUGAACGAUAAAAUGGAAAAAAGCAUUCGGAAAUGGCGUAGUUUUUGCUUAUUGUGUGCAAUGUACAGUGCAGAAGAAAAAAUUUCCAUGUCCGAAAAGCGUGGCCGAUCAUCACGGCCGAAAAAAAUUGAAUUUAACCGGAAUCCCUCUUAUAUGUGCUCUAGGUGAAGCCAGAGAAACAGCGGAAUUCCUCAAGCGACUCCCACAUCUGCAACAAUACGAACGGUCCACCGGAUACCUCUGUACGAUGGAUAUUGAGAUCACCGGGAUCGUCCUUCUGUUUGGAGUAAUGCUGUUGGUGUUCUUCUUCGUCGCUGGCACUGUGAUCCUCUUUAUUUUGGGGCGUCGAGUAACAAACGUGAACAAAGAGGGGUUCUUUGCGGGGAGUGCACAUCGAAUGCACAAGAUGCUAUUCAAGGUAAGUACUAUUAUAUACGAAAUUGGGGCUGUAGAGGUGAAUGUGAAAGGAAAAAAACUACUAUAUCUAGAGGAGUGGUAAUGUGAAGGUCUUCUGAUUGCAGGCCGUAUUAGUUCAAGUCAUUGUCAGCAACAUCUUUCAAUUUGUGCCCACCACUUUGCUCUUGCUCACCUUUUACGUCCAAUGGGAGGAAGGCACGACGAUCGCUGCCGUUUGUGUGACGAUGGUGCAAGUCCACGGAAGUGUGGACUUUAUUACAAUGAUGUAUUUCAUUGUUCCCUAUCGCCGACAGCUGUUGAGAUUGGUCGGAAGGCAAACAGGGAAGGUGUGGUCGGAGCAAACGUAAAUUUGAAAGCUUACGGAGUGUGGAAGCGGCUGUUCAAGUUAUGUGUAGGCUUGUAAUAAAUAAUAAACUGGUAAUAAAUGCAUAUCAUCAAAAAAGGAUAAGAUUUGAAGGAAUUUGCAAGUCUUUCCGAAGAACAUAGUAAAGUAGCCCUAUAAAAUCUUCUCUCGUGACAAAUUCAGAAAAUCUAGACUGACAAAUAAAUGCUCACGCUGACCCGGUUGUUGUUGCGCAUUGAGAAGGAGGAAACCCUUUUCAAAACAAAAUACCACCUGUGCGUCAACAAGGAACAAUUUGUAACAUGAAUGACAAAUUUGCAGACAUGACAGGGGGGCCGGGCCGGCCUGGCCCGUUGCUGGACAUCUGGGAAUUGCUCGAGAAGAAGACGGUCCAACUCAAACCAAUUUAGCUGACAAGGUCCUCGCUCAAACGAAGAAUAAGGCUUGGUGUGGAGAGGCGAUUCGUGGUAGCCAACGGUAAGCGUUGUUUGUUGAGCGCAUUGAUUAGGUUUCCAGAAUAAGAUGAGAGACCCUUCCUAUUCCUAAUUCCCCUUCCUUUAGCUACCUCCAGCGUUCCAUUCAAGGAAUCCUCCCUCAGAACGACCAGAUCGUAAACAGGAUCCCCAGCAAAGGGGAUCACUCGCCGCAAUGUUACGACCAGCGGCAAAGCCUUCGUACCUGACGUUCGAAUAGCCAUCUCUAGCAUCGUGGACAAGAUCCUCUUCCCCCAGAGUAUUUGUCCAAGGCUGUCGAACUUUUCGAAGCCACUAAAUGUGGAGAGAGAUACAAAGUUGACUGUAAUGGCGACUAUGACAUUGAUUUCGUCGCCGGAGGGCAAGAUGUUCGAAUCGAAUCUGUAAAUCUUGUGGAAAAGGAAGACAAGGAAUGUUUCCUGAAGAUCGGCCGAUCCUGGGAUGAGGGCUUCUACAUAUUUUGGCCUGCCGUUCUUUGCCAACCGCGGAAUUUGCUUUAA